AUGGUGCCAAUUUGUAGAGAAUUAUCUAUAUAUUCUGUAUGGAUAAAUACUGGUAGCCUGAAUACUGCACGAUAUGAUCAUACUGCAUCCGUAUUAUUAAAUGGACAAGUGUUAGUUGCUGGUGGAGUUAACAGUAAUAAUUAUUUAAGUAGUUCUGAGUUAUAUGAUCCAUCAACAGGAGCCUGGACGGCUACUGGUAGCGUGAAUAACAAACGAGUAGGUCAUACUGCAUCCGUAUUAUUAAAUGGACAAGUGUUACUUGCUGGUGGAAGUGACCCGAAGAAUGCUGCUUUAGGUAGUUCUGAGUUGUAUGAUCCAUCCACAGGAGCCUGGACGACUACUAGUAGCAUGAAUAACGCACGAGCAGUUCAUACAGUAUCUGUAUUACUUAAUGGACAAGUGUUAGUCGCUGGUGGAAAUGACCCGAAUUAUGCUGCUUUAAGUAGUUCUGAGUUGUACGAUCCAUCAACAGGAGUCUGGACAACUACUAGUAGCAUGAAUAACGCACGAAAAGUGCCUACUGCAUCCGUAUUAUUAAACGGACAAGUGUUAGUUGCUGGUGGAGGUAAUAGUAAUGGUUUUUUAAGUAGUUCUGAGUUGUACGAUCCAUCAACAGGAGUCUGGACAACUACUAGUAGCAUGAAUAACGCACGAAAAAUACAUACUGCAUCCGUAUUAUUAAAUGGACAAGUGUUAGUUGCUGGUGGAGUUAACAGUAAUGGUAUUUUAAGUAGUUCUGAGUUAUACGAUCCAUCAACAGGAGCCUGGACAACUACUGGUAGCAUGAAUAGCGCAAGAAAUCAACAUACUGCAUCCGUAUUAUUAAAUGGACAAGUGUUAGUUGUUGGUGGAAAUAACGGUACUAGCUUUUUAAGUAGUUCUGAGUUAUAUGAUCCAUCAACAGGAGUCUGGACAACUGCUGAUAGCUUGAAUUAUGCCCGAUAUAUGCAUGCAACAGCCGUGUUAACAAGUGGACAGGUGUUAGUUAGUGGUGGCUACAUUCGUCCUAAUGCUUUUUCGACUGCAGAACUAUAUUGA